ACAUCAGGGAAGUCCGCAGUGAAACUACGCGGAGCAAAACAACAGCAGCGUCCAUGAAAGCCUCUUAAAGGAAUGAGUCCGCACAGUGUCGACAUUGUGCCGCUUUAGUUAGUAGUGAACUUAGUAAAGUAUUUUAACUUCUAAGUUGGUGUUUAUUAGCCUGUUACUAGGCGAAGGGAGCCGCGUUACGACACCGACCUGCGCUUCCUGAUACAAGGUAGACUUUGACGAUGUCUCUGGGCGAUCAGAGUCAGCAGUGGUAUCCCACGAGUGUGCGCGUAACGGUGCACCAGGCCAAAGAUCUGCGCGCAAAGGGCAAAAAUGGCACAAACGACGCCUAUGCCAUCAUUCAGGUGGCAAAAGACAAGUUUUCUACCACUGUGGCAGAGAAAUGUGUGUCUCCAGUGUGGAAAGAAGAGGCUACGUUUGACCUGCCACUGUUCCACCCGGGAAACGCUGAGCGCUGCACACUCUACAUCAUUGUGAUGCAUCGGGCCCAAGUUGGACUUGACAAGUUUUUGGGACAAGCUGUAAUCAAUUUACUGGAGCUGCAUGACAACAAGGCCCGCCAAAGGACAGAUUGGUUCAAACUGGUGGACAAAACCAGCAAGGAGGACAAAGCUCGAGGGGACGUGCUGGUCGACGUCCAAUUCAUGAGAAACAACAUAUCAGCAAGCAUGUUUGACCUUUCUAUGGAGGAUAAGCCACGCUCACGCAUCUCCAAAAUCAAAGAUAAAGUGCGUGGGAAGAAAAAAGACAGCUUCUCAGAUUCAUCUUCUGCCAUUGUGCCCUCUGUCAACCAGGUCCUCACUGAUAGCGAGGGAGAGGGUGAUUCUGUGUCACUCAGCCAAUCUCCAGCAGUGAAAAAGAAAUCCAAACUCAAAACCUUAUUCACUCCUAAGUCAAAUUUGCAGCGUAAUGUUUCUCAGUCUAUGUCCACUCUGGGAACACUGCCGGAGAAGAACUCAUCCCUGAGUAGCAGCCGGUCUUCUGGGCUCAAUGUUGACUCCCCCGAUGUUAAGAAGAAAUUCAAAUUCCUGGGACACAAGCGAACCGGCAGCUCCGAUAGCAAAGUUUCUCAAGGACCUUUCUCAUUACUGAGUCGCUCGAAACAAAAAGAUGAGAAUAACCUGUGUAUAAAUGGUAGCCAUGUUUAUGCAGAAGAGGCUGAGGCAAAGUCUGGCUCUACUCUGAGCCUCAACAGCUCAGGACAUGGGUCUGUGGAAGAUAUCAGAAAACAACCCUUUGAUGUCCCCGUAGAUGUCCCAGUAGAUGUCCCAGGAUUUAGUAUUACUGUACCACCACCUUCAAGCAGCCAGUCCACAGAAAGGGCCCUACUAGAGCAACAGCGCCAUCAAGAGGAACAGAGAAGAAUUGUGGAGGCCAAGAGGCAGGAGGAGGAAGAGAGGAGGAGAGCAGGUGCUUUAAGACAACAGCAAGAAGAGGAAAGACGCUACCAGGAAGAACAGGAGAGACAGACACAGCUACUAGAAGAGGAAGCGAGAAGAAGGAAACUUAGAGAGGAAGAGGAGAUGAAGAGGAGGCAGGAGGAAGAGCAGAGGAGAGAAGAGGAAGAGAGGAGAAGAUGGGAGGAAGAGCGGUGGAGACAGGAGGCAGCAGAGGAAGAGCAGAGACAGAGGCAGGAGCAGCUGAAGGCAGAAGAGCAGAAGAAAGAGGAGGAGGCCUCCAUGAGUGAGCGUCUGACUUCUCUGUUCGGAAUGAUCCGUAAGAAAGAGGAGAAGAAGGAGGAGGUGUUCCCAGAGGUCAAAGAUGAGCUGCCCACAACCAUCAAGAGUCACACCAUAGGUCAAGACCCAUCAGUUCCACAGCAGUCCACCAACCCCUUUGGGGAGAUCUCCCUCAGCUCUAGUUCACCACAGAACACGAACGAAAGUCCCACUGAGUUCAAACCAAACAGCGGCGCUCCCAUCACCUCUGCCAUGGGAUUCCUCAACCGCACCACAGCCAAAGUCAAACCCAGAUUGGCUGAAACUGAUCCCACUGAAUAUCAAAUCUCCAGUUCACAGCAUCCCUCCCCAGCCACCCCUGAGUCUCCCUCCACUAGUGUUAUCUCCUCUCAAACUUCUGAUAGUUUUCAAGAUCUACAUUUCUCACUUGCUCCUCAAAUCAGAAACUUGAGUGAUUCAUCUGGUGGCAGCACUGAAGACCUCUCCUCACCAGUGGAGGAUUCAGAAAACAUGGCGGAUAAGAAGAGGAGAGCCCCUGUGCCGCCGUCUUACCCAGUCAACGGCACUAACAGUGGAGGCAGAGAGAUCCUCAACCCAGCAUAUGUGGAACCAGACACACAACAGCAAACCCGAAGGAUGUCUUUCCCACUUCCCGACUAUGAGACGCUUUUUCCUCAAAAGAGGCACGGCGUCCAGGGGGAGACUCGAUGGGAUCACAUUAUUGCAGAAGUCAAUCAAAAGCAUAGAGACAGUCGCAUUGAGUUGACAGGCACUGAGAUGAGUGUAGAUGGCCCGGAAGAGCAUCAAGAAAAUCCUCAAAAAACUGUGAAGCAAUAUCAAACACACACUCCAGAACCAAAACCAGUGUCUUCUAAAAGUUUUGCGGCCCCUGAUCCGCCCAAACAAGUGGCACCACCUCAGUAUAAGACACCAACUGAAACUAGCCAGAGACCAAACCAGAACUCUAAUCAGAAUCGAUCAUCUAUUGAAGACCCUGAUUCAACGCAAAAACAGGUGCCAGCUGACAGGACAAAUGGAGCCUCUGGAUCAUCUCGGAAAGUGUUACUCCCACCCACGAACAUACAGGCACACAAACCAAAAAGUCAAAUGGAAACAGAUACGUCACUACAAGGAAGCCUAAGUAUUACUCAAACAACAGUUAAUAAAGAAGCACCCACAGCCAAACCAAGACAAAAGCCUAGUAGCAGGGAAUCCAUGUUGAUCACACAGAGUGAUACUGAACCUGAAAUUAAAGAGAAAGAGGCUACUGAAACUGAAUUUGACCCUUUCCUUAACACACAUAUCCUCUCUACAGACCCAUGGGGACAGACAAAAGAAUUUCACAAUGUAGAUGAUUUUACUGACAAAAAGGAUAAAAAACCUGAAGAGCAAGGAAUGACACUGGAUGAUCUUGAUAACAUUUUUGGUUCAGAUAUAACAAGUGAUCCCUUCACUGUUUCAAAAGGAAAUGGCUCUCAACCUAAAGAGUACAAAAGUCGUACACCACAGCGUCAAACUGAGCGUAAAAGUUUUUAUGACAGAGAAGACCCAUUUGCAGCUGAUACAUUAACAUCUACACUCUCAUCUGAGCCCCUCCCUGUAGUCUGGGAAGAACCAGCGGCUGGUGGUUUGACAGGAGGCAAGAUACUUUCAUGGGGGUCACCUUCUGAGGUUCAGCCGGUCAGUGUGCUGACUGGCAGUGGAGGUGGGCUAGCUUUGUCCCAACGCAGACCACAUCCCGUCAAGCCUCUGAACCCUGCGGAUAGCCAUCAACCAUCAAGCAUGCCUGCUUUUACAGAGAUCAAGGUUCAAGACAGUGCACCUAACAAAUAUAAGGUGUCUGGAUCUUCGGAAAGCGGGCCUUACACUCAACUAACACAAGAAGAGUUGAUCACGCUGGUGGUGAAACAGCAGGUAGACCUGUCGAAGAAAGACGCGAAGAUUGUAGAGCUGGAAGAGUACAUAGACAACCUGCUGGUGCGUGUAAUUGAGGAGAAACCCAGCAUCCUGCAGUUCUUAGACGCUAAACCUAAAUAAGGAGUUUUGAGUUGUACGUAUGACAGGAGGGAGAUGGGGGGAAAACAACAUAUGCACUUUUGUCGCCUGAGUAACUGUUAACAAGCACGUAUUUGUGGUCAUGUAUUUGUUGUAUCACUAAGAUCUUAAUCAUUUAAAACACUGAAAUGCCUUAAUUCCAAAGUAGUUGUUAUAUAUUCGACCAGCUAUGACACUUUAAUUUCUGUUCACUGUUAUUACACUGCUGAUCUAUCAAACUUGAAUAACAUCACAGUCAUUGGCCUUCAUUUUUUGCUGUUGAAUUUUGCAGUUUUUAAUUAUCACAGGUAAAUGUUGGUGGCGAUGAUCUGAAAUGUCUUGGUUUGUCAAGAAUGUAUUAUAACAGCUAGGAGAAAAAAUAUUGUUGGUGUAUUUUGCUUAUUUAUAUGAUGAUAAUGGAAAAAUGUAUGCUUUUGCUUGCACACAUCUUUUCAC